AAGCAACUUCGCCGCAAAGUAAAGAAGAGCACCUGAAAACAUGGAAACCUAUAAAGAAGCAGGAGGAGAACAGAGGAAGAGGUCUCUCUCUCCUCUUUCUCUUUCUCUUUCUCUUUCUAAAACUCGGAGCUUGACUCGGUGAGCCAGAGAGAAAUAUGGGUCAGGAAUUGUUCAUAUACAGCUUCGUGGCUCGGGGCACAAUGGUACUGGCCGAGUACACCGAGUUCACUGGGAACUUCCCGGCGAUUGCGACUCAGUGCCUCCAGAAACUUCCUUCCAACAACAAAAACUUCACCUACAACUGCGAUCACCACACCUUUAACUUCCACGUUGAGGACGGUUACGCUUACUGUGUUGUUGCCAAAGAGUCUGUGGGGAAGCAGAUUUCUAUUGCAUUUUUGGAACGUAUGAAGGCAGACUUCAAACAAAGGUAUGGUGGUGGUAAAGCAGAUACAGCUGUUGCCAAAAGUCUUAAUACGGAAUUCGGACCAAUUAUGAAAGAGCACAUGCAGUACAUAAUUGAUCAUGCUGAAGAGAUUGAGAAGCUAGUAAAAGUGAAGGCUCAAGUUUCAGAAGUUAAAAGUGUCAUGUUGGAAAAUAUCGACAAGGCUAUCGAAAGGGGGGGAAACUUGACAACUCUUAAUGACAAGACUGAAGAUCUCUGUAAUUCGGCCCAAACAUUCAAGGGAAAUGCGACUCAGAUCCGACGAAAGAUGUGGUAUCAAAAUAUGAAAAUAAAGUUGGUAGUUCUUGGAAUCAUUUUAAUUCUAAUCUUGAUAAUAUGGCUUUCGGUCUGCCAUGGUUUCGACUGCACCAACUAGCAUGUCCUCAGCACACAAUCGGACCACUCUUGUUGAAUCAUGCACACCCCAAAACUUAAAGUUGAGAAUUCAUUUGAGACUUGAAAGCGGUCACUGAAUCACAAAUUGGAGGAAAGAUUCUUUUUUAUUUUUUUUGGGUUGGGGGGAGAUGUGCCAUAGGGUCUGGUCAAAUGGUAUAGACAUUGUUACCCUUCUUAUUGUUCGAUUUGUUGUAUAAAUUUUUAUGAGUGUAAUAGAAGUAUAUUAUUGGGAAA